GUUAGUACCACGAACGAACCUCGAUGCAGGCAAACCACACAAUGGACGUUAACGCUGCUAAGAACAAGCAAGUCGACCUGCAAGUCGAAGAGUGUCACGCGUUAUACCGGGUGCUUGUCCAGCAGAAGACGCCCGCUGCCGAAAUGGCCCCAGGCUGGCCGGAGCUCGAGGCGGAACUUUCGGCGGACUACCGCACCUCCAGCCUGAGCAAGCUGCGAACCCUCCCGAAGACCCGCGAGUUCGUCGCGCACGCCCUGGAUAAUAUCAAGGCUGCUUUCACCCACCCCAGCCCGAUCCGCGACGGCAUCUGGUGCGACCAAGCGGCUUUCGCCUUCCGGGAAGCCCAGAAGGACGCCGCGUACUGGAUUGCGCUGGUGCGGACCGCGCUUCGCCCGCGACGCAGCUACGAGCUGGCGAGCAUCGUCGACACGAGCGCGGACUACCACGUCCUCGAUAUCGAUGGUGUCGACAUCGGCAAGCACUACACGUGGCGGAUCGAGCGCGACCUGUGGGCGAAGUUCCCCCGGGCCACCGAGAGGAUUCGCCAGCGGCUGAGCGCUGCGAAGCGCAUGCGCUGGCGGAUCCUCAGCCGGCAGCGUCGCCGUGCGCCGCCCGACGCUCCUCCACAGGCCCCCGCCGUUAACACCACUCCAGAUGGCGGGGGUCCUUUCCCGCCGCCGCCGCCGCCGCCCCAGCCCUUGACGCCCGAGCACGGCUGCGUCAUCUGUCCUUACUGCAACGACGCGGCCCCCCUGAACGUCUGCAGCGACCCCGCUGCGUGGAGAGAGCAUGUCCGCUACGACUUCCACCCGUACGUCUGCCUGCAUGAGCAGUGCAGCGUGGAUGCGGCGUUUGCCGAUGCGGAGGCCUGGACCGCCCACAUGCUCGAGCAUCACUGGGGCUGGGGAUACUUCUACGAUAGUAACAGGUGUAUGCUCUGCCGCAAGGAUCUGACGAAGAUAGAGGGCAGCGCAACUGCGCAUUUGAGAGCCCACUUGGAGGAGGUGAUGAUGAGCACUCGAGCCAGCCCGAUUGCUACUCGGGACCGACAUAGCAUAGCUUCGUGUGAUUAG